CCGGGGUGGGGAGGAGGGAGGCUGUGCAACGCUUGCUGACUGAAAACCAGGGAAUUGCUUCCCAAGUUACCAAAGCUUUUGCUUUUACAGCGAGCAGGAAUGGGGAGAGGGUGGUGGCUGGGCCUUUGGUAGCUCUUACAGAAAUAGGGUGGAGGCGUCCUGUCGAUCACAGGUAUCCUGUGGUGCCAGGGCAGGGCAAUAGUCAAUGGAGUCACCCCUGCAUUAACAACACAGAGCAAACGUUGAUCGGGACGCGGCAGAAUGAGCCACAGUCUUGGCGUAACUUACAGGGCUGUGCUUUGUGCUUUGGCUUAGAAGGCAUCGUUACCUGCCAGCAUGCCGAGCGUUAGUGCCUGACCGUAAGGCUGACUGAAUUUCUUAUGUUUCUGUUACAGAUGGUGGCUCACUAGGUGCGGUGUGGCAACCAGAGCAUCAUCAUGGCAGCCAAAACUUAUAGCCCCUCUGAAGGGGGCCUUCUGCCUUCAUCAGUAGGCUUAGUCCUUGCUCACUUGAAUGGCUCUGAUAAGCUAAGUAGAUCCUACCCCUGGGUCAGCAGGAGCAGGAAAAGUCAGCUCUCUGAACUCUGCCGGCUUAGAGCAUCUCUGUCAGGGGAGAAAUGGAGCUCUUUCUGUUUGUCUUCACUGGCAGCUCGUAACAUUUGUACCAGCAAAAUUGGUAACUCGUGGGCUCAGUGGAAUUCUGCCUCUCUUUCCACUUCCACUGGAAGUUCUUCUUCUUGUUCCUUUUUGCAUGCCCUCGCUGUGGAGGAAUCCAGUCAGCACCUCCCAACUGCUGCACGCAACCCAAACAAAGCCAUCUUCACCGUGGAUGCCACCACAACAGAGAUCCUAGUGGCUAAUGACAAAGCCUGCAAGCUGCUUGGCUGCAGUAGUCAGGAACUCAUUGGUCAAAAGCUGUCCCACUUGAUAUCCAAAUCCAGUCAAGAAGUAUGGGAAACUGUGGGUGAGGAGUACAUAGAAACUGAUGAAUGUUCAUUGCUGGUUUCAGGAACAGUGGUGGAUGUUAUAGGCCGUCUCAAAGAGAAGAUCCCUGUCUCGAUCUGGCUGAGGCGAAUAAGAAGCAAGGACAGCCAGUGUUGUGUGGUUGUGCUGGAACCAGUGGAAAGACUUUCAGCUUCUGUUUCCUUCAGGGAUGACGGAGAGAUUACAUCAUGUGACCUCCUUUUUGCCCAUCUCCAUGGCUACCCAACAUCGGAAGAAGUAGUUGGGCUCCACAUAAAGGACCUGAUUCCUUCUGUGCAGAUCCCUCCUCUAGGCAAAAAAAUCCCAAAGAAUCUCAGGAUCCAGCGAGCUGUAGGCCAAUCUAGAGAGGGUAACAUGUUUCCUCUCAGUUUAAAGCUGCAAGUAAGCUUUCUGGAGGAGGACCAAGCGGCAGUGCAGAAAGAUGGCGUUCCGCAGACAGAAAAACAAGGCUCUUUCACAGGCUAUCAUUACUCUGCUACAGUCGUGGUUUUCUCCACCAUCAGUGGUCUUAUUACUGUGCAGUCAGAUGGAACCAUCUGUGGCAUCAAGGAUAGUUUUGCUUUAAUGCUUUUUGGCUAUGAGAAGAAAGAACUGUUGGGAAAGAACAUUACGUUCCUGAUCCCUGGUUUCUAUAACAACGUGGAGAGAAGCAGUGACUGUUCUUUGCCAUUACCUCCUCUUGACAACUCCACAGGGACAGAGAGUGAGUGCAUCUUUGAAGAUGUUGCUGCCUGCCAUGCAGCUGGCUCUGGCUCCUGUAACAAAGAUAGCAACUUCUUGGCUGUAUCUUUAGCAAGCUUUCUGUCGAGAGAUGAAAAGCAGAAAUUGGAAAGAAGACACAAAGAUGACGAAUUAAUACAUGAUGAGACUAAACAAAAGAAUGGGACUGGUUUAUUUUCUACUCCCUCACCUCCUGAAGUGACAUCCACACCCUCUAAUAGGCUAGAAGACAGUCUAGAUACCGCAUCCUAUGGCCCAAUUAAGCUGCCUUCUGAUGUUAUUGGUAACUCACCUGGAACACCAACAAUAGAUGAGCCCUGGUCUGGGACAACACCGGAAUGCAGACAAGACUUUCAAAGCCACAUGGUUACAGCACAGUUGUCAAAACCAAACUUCGUGUGUGAUGCAAAACAUUCCAGCCUUGGCCACGCUGUCAUUGAAAACUGCCUGCUAAAUGAUGCUUCAUCCCUCUUUGCAAAUGGAAGAAAUACUGUCCGUGAUGUUUGCUCAGGCAAUAAAACGGGUUGCAGUGCUUCUGCACCUGGAGUUGCCACAAACUCUGAAGAGGUUAAAGAAUCAGACACUGCGCUGAACUGUAUUUGCUCUGGUCUUGAGGUACUGGGUCUGAAUAUUGGUGUCAAGGGGAGCUCAGACAAUUAUUUAGGUAUUACUGCAGCUCUUGUAGGAGCAUCCUCCUCUAAUGCAGUGGACGCGGCUGUAGGCAAUAUGCUUACUCAGAAAAACAGAGCUUUUUCAACUGGGCAAGAAAAGCAGCUGUUGAAUGGUGAUGCCAUAGAACAUGGUUCUUCUGGGUGGCUGGCCUCCCACAGGUGUUUAGAAAACUCUGAAGGAUCAUCCAAAGCAUUUCUUGAUAAGCCUGAAACUCUUGCAGAGACUGUGGGGGACGACGUCAACAGAAACCCACUGAAAAGCAAAGAUAGUCCUGAAGAAGACUGCCAGUUACAUGGGCAGCAAAAUAUGGAGAUAAAAUUAACAUCGACCCCAGUGAAACAAGAAGGAAGGCUGAAUCCAGCAGUUCCUUUGACCUUGGAGAUUCUGGAAGGCAGCUACACUGGAAAUUGCUGUCACAAAGAUGGUUCACAAUUAAGUAUACUCUUUGAAGUGAAACGUGUAGAACUGCAGGACCCUGCCGUACUUUUCUGUGUCUGGGUGGUGAAAGACCUUCUACAGAGCCAGAAGGAAGCCGCAGCAAAGACUCGGCUGUUGCUCUCUAGUCUAGCAAGCUCUGCCCAGUCUAUUGCAGAUCUUUCUACAUAUAGUCUUGGAGAAGCCAGCAGAUCAACUUCACUUUUUGAGAGUUCCCGAAGAGCUGAAGAGCUUGAAGGAUUAAGGGCAUGUGAGGGGGAAUAUGCAAAAAAUUACAACACUCUCAGUCUUAUUGGCAAAGGAUCUUUUGGCUUUGUCUGGACUGCCAUGGGCAAGAAAAAUCACCAUCAGGUUGUUGUGAAGUUCAUCUGGAAGGAGAGGGUGCUUGAGGACUGCUGGGUGGAUGAUCCUGAUCUGGGGAGAGUUACUCAAGAAAUUGCAAUCCUGUUGAAGCUGCAGCACCCCAGUAUCGUUAAGGUGCUGGAUGUAUUUGAAAAUGAACAUUUCUUCCAGUUGGUAAUGGAGAAGCAUGGAUCUGGUCUGGAUCUCUUUACAUUCAUUGAUAAUCAGCCCAACUUGGAUGAGCCGUUAGCGAGCUAUAUAUUCAGACAGCUUGUAUCAGCUGUUGGGUAUCUCCACUGUAGAAACAUUCUUCACAGAGAUAUCAAGGAUGAAAACAUUGUCAUUGCUGAAGAUUUCACAAUUAAAUUAGUGGACUUUGGUUCAGCUGCCUACCUGGAACCUGGAAAAUUGUUUUAUACUUUCUGUGGGACAAUUGAAUACUGCUCACCAGAAGUGCUGUCUGGCAAACCGUACCGGGGCCCUGAGCUGGAGAUGUGGUCACUUGGUGUCACGCUUUAUACCCUAGUGUUUGGAGAGAAUCCCUUCUGUGAGCUGGAGGAGGCCGUGGCAGCUGACCUGAAUCCUCCUCGGCCUGUGUCAAAAGGUGAAUUUUUCUCAUUUGGUUUUCUAAAGGAGCAGAUCUCUUGGAAAAGUAUGAGUGACAUUUAUUCCCCAGAAAUAAAGGGUAAGACUGGCAAAAUGCUUCCAAGUGCGCUCUGCAAUGAUUUUAAAAGCUGCUCACUGAAGCAGAGCUAUCUGAGGUAUUCGUUUCAGGUAUGUUCUGCCGUUCUUUGUGCCUACGAUGAAUACAGCUAUCUGCCCUAUGUUUUAUUAGUUUCAAAUUCCAGGCCUCUCAUUUAUUACGAUGACUCAACCUAUCAGCUUGUCAAGCUUCAGUGAGGUUUAUACCUGAGAAAGCCAGAACAAAUAAUGGGAAGGUUCGCUCCAGUAGGUAACUUUAACAUCAAUAACGACACUCAUGUAGCACUAACGCAAGUUUUAUCUCACUUAAGCUAUUGCCAAUCAAUGCCAUGUCACUUUUUGGAUGGAUGAUAAUGUGUGAAUUUAGAAUUUCUGAAUGAAUUGUAGGAAAAGUACAUUAGCCUUGUUUUCUGUUGGAGGUGUAGAAAACUAAUUGCGUGUCAGGCUAAAGAAAUCUUCAUCAACAAAUUCUCUGGGGUCUAUUGUUAAAAGGCUUCAGGGUGCUGCAAUUGGCUGGUAAAUUCUGGAAGCUUUCCCUGAACCCUGAGCGUACCUUUAACCAUAUAUCAAACACGGGGUGACUGCAGGACAAGACUGGGCUUGGAAACAGUGAGUCAGGGUUGCCUCUGUGGCAUUUGCUUCUACUUCUGUCCUCCUCGUGUCAUAACGCAGCUCUCUCUUCUCUGUUUUCACAACCCGGCAAUCUCAGGUCAUUCCCAGAGCUGAGCACAUGUGACUAAGGCUGUGGUAUAACAGUACUGCACAAGGGAUUAACAGGGAGGAUUUGUAAUUAAAAUCUGCAUUCUUUGCAUAUAAACCAUACCUUGCAUUCCCAGCAUGCCUAAAAUACAGCCUGAGCCGUUCCUCUUACUGCUGUCUCUCCCCAGGUCUCAUGGAUCUCAUUGCUGGGCUUUUGCACCCUGUUCCGGAGCAGCGCACCACUCUAGCAAUGUUAGUAGAGGAUCGUUGGCUGAAGCAGCCUGUGAACCUGGGUGAUUAUACCUGGGAAGAGGUAUACAUCUCUGC